CACGACACUCGAUUGAGUUAUCAAGAUGAGCUUCGUCACUCGCCGGGCGCUCUCGACCCUCAUUCCACCCAAGGUGGCCUCACCAACUGGAAUCGGUGCUGCUCAAGAUGCUGCCCGCAUGCAACGCGUAGUCAGCUUUUACGAAAAGCUUCCUCGAGGUGCCGCACCAGCAGUCAAGCCCAAAGGUCUCCUCGGAAGAUACCAAGCUCGAUACUUUGGGAAGAACCCUUCUGGAGCACCUAUCAUUCAUGCUAUUGUGUUCCUAGUUGGCAUUGGUUAUGCUCAGAACUACUACUUCCAUCUUCGCCACCACAAGAACAAUGCUCAUUAGAUGGUCAUGGGUCGGUGCUGGAACAGUAGGGAGAUGAGGCUCUUAUACGAAGAGGGGUGUGUAAAUAAGGCAUAGAAGAAUACCAGUCCAUUUGUCGACCGAGGUUCCUUGCAAGCUUUCAUGUUGUGAGGCGUUGGGUCAGUAGACUGGAAGCUAAGCAUCUGGUAAGCCCAGAAAUCCCUGGCUCGAAAUCGGAAUUCUG